UUCCAGAGGAUCAGCGACACCGAGGGAUGCGACAGAGAGGGAGAGAAGAGGAGGUGAAACGGUCGUUCCUUAGGCUGACUCUACAGUAACAUGCACUUUCUCACCACGCCAUCAUCUGGGGAAGUCAGUCUCAGCUGAUGUUUGAGUCUUCGUUCGAGACUGAAGAUCAAUUUAGAAUCCGCAGACCCCCGUCGGACUCGGGGCCCGUCGGUAGGAUUUACGCUCGCUGCCGCUCACUGCCGUGGAUUGCUGCUCGAAGCCGCAGAUUGGCGCCAUUUUUUUGUUGAUUAUUCCGCCAACGCACGAAAAUGAGUAAUAACACAGCAGACCACCUCCCGGGCAACUCCUUCGUGGAAGGCAAUCAUGAGAGCGAAUUCGGCAUCUCCCUGGGGGAGCUGCGUGACAUUAUGCAACUGCGAGGUAUGGAAGGGGUCGUUAAAAUCCAAGAAUCCUACAGCGACGUUCAGGAUAUCUGCCGGAGGUUAAAAACUUCUCCAGUAGAAGGUUUGUCCGGAAACCCAUCCGAUCUCGACAAAAGAAAACUAGUAUUUGGCCAGAACUUUAUACCGCCCAAAAAGGCAAAAACGUUUUUGCAGUUAGUAUGGGAAGCACUACAAGAUGUAACUUUAAUUAUACUAGAAAUCGCAGCCAUUAUAUCGUUGGGCCUUUCCUUUUAUCGUCCUCCAGGAGGAGACAGCGAACUAUGUGGGGAGGUUUCUGGCGGAGCGGAGGACGAAGGGGAGGCGGACGCAGGCUGGAUCGAGGGGGCAGCCAUUCUGCUGUCCGUCAUUUGCGUGGUGCUGGUGACGGCGUUCAACGACUGGAGCAAAGAGAAGCAGUUCCGCGGCCUACAGAGCCGCAUCGAGCAGGAACAGAAGUUCACCGUGAUCCGCAAGGGGCAGGUCAUCCAAAUCCCGGUGGCCGAGAUCGUCGUGGGAGACAUCGCGCAGAUCAAAUAUGGUGACCUUCUGCCAACGGAUGGCAUCCUGAUCCAAGGCAAUGAUUUAAAAAUAGAUGAAAGCUCUUUAACAGGCGAAUCGGACCAUGUGAAGAAAUCAUUGACGAAGGAUCCAAUGUUGCUCUCUGGCACCCACGUCAUGGAAGGGUCCGGUAGGAUCCUCGUCACUGCAGUCGGUGUGAACUCCCAGACCGGGAUCAUUUUCACAUUAUUAGGAGCAGGUACUGAGGAGGAGGAGAAGAAAAACAAGAAGGGUAAAAAACAAGGAGCCCCAGAAAAUCGCAACAAAGCUAAAGCUCAGGAUGGUGUUGCUCUGGAGAUCCAGCCGUUGAAGAGCGAGGAAGGCGUGGACCUCGAAGAGAAGGAGAAGAAGAAGUCUCACGUACCAAAGAAAGAGAAGUCUGUGCUACAGGGAAAACUCACCAAAUUGGCCGUGCAGAUCGGAAAAGCUGGUCUGCUUAUGUCUGCGGUCACAGUCAUCAUUCUGGUGGUGUACUUUGUGAUAUACACGUUUGGGGUGCAAGGCAGGCCCUGGCUGAAGGAGUGCACCCCCAUCUACAUCCAGUACUUUGUGAAGUUCUUCAUCAUUGGCGUUACGGUGCUGGUGGUCGCUGUUCCAGAGGGUCUUCCUCUCGCUGUAACCAUCUCGCUGGCGUAUUCUGUGAAGAAAAUGAUGAAAGACAAUAACCUGGUUCGCCAUCUGGACGCUUGCGAAACGAUGGGCAAUGCCACGGCAAUCUGCUCCGAUAAGACCGGGACCCUCACCAUGAACAGGAUGACCGUGGUGCAAGUUUACCUUGGAGAAACCCACUACAGGCAGAUUCCCGAUCCCGAGUCCAUUUUACCGAAGGUUAUGGAACUGGUCGUGAACGGCAUCGCGGUGAACUCCGCCUACACUACCAAAAUACUGCCCCCGGAGAAGGAAGGAGGCCUCCCUCGUCACGUGGGGAACAAGACCGAGUGCUCGCUGCUGGGCUUCGUGCUGGACCUGAAGCAGGAUUACCAGGCCGUGCGCAACGAGAUCCCGGAGGAGAAGCUCUACAAGGUUUACACCUUCAACUCCGUGCGCAAGUCCAUGAGCACCGUGCUGAAGAACGCUGACGGGACCUUCCGAAUGUACAGCAAGGGGGCCUCGGAAAUCAUCCUGCGCAAGUGUACUAAACUGCUGAACAAAAAGGGAGAGGUGAAGGUUUUUAGCCAGAAGGACCGUGACGAAAUGGUAAAGAAAGUGAUUGAACCGAUGGCGUGCGAGGGUCUGCGAACCAUCUGCCUGGGCUACAGGGACUUCACCUCCGAGCCGGAGUGGGACAACGAGAACGACAUCCUGAAUGACCUGACGUGCAUCACCGUCGUGGGGAUUGAGGACCCAGUGAGGCCAGAGGUUCCCGAUGCCAUUACCAAGUGUCAACGAGCUGGCAUCAGCGUGCGCAUGGUGACCGGGGACAACAUUAACACAGCUCGUGCCAUUGCCUCAAAAUGUGGCAUCAUCCACCCAGGCGAGGAUUUCCUGUGUCUGGACGGCAAAGAAUUCAACCGGCUCAUUCGCAACGAGAAGGGAGAGGUGGAGCAAGAUCGCCUGGAUAAGGUUUGGCCGAAACUCCGUGUCCUGGCCCGAUCCUCGCCCACAGAUAAACACACGCUGGUGAAAGGUAUAAUCGACAGCACCAUCGGGGAGACGAGGCAAGUGGUGGCUGUGACCGGAGAUGGCACAAACGACGGGCCGGCAUUGAAGAAAGCAGAUGUCGGCUUCGCUAUGGGGAUCGCUGGGACCGACGUGGCGAAGGAGGCCUCGGAUAUUAUCCUGACCGACGAUAACUUCUCCAGCAUCGUCAAGGCUGUGAUGUGGGGCCGCAAUGUGUAUGACAGCAUCUCUAAGUUCCUGCAGUUCCAGUUGACUGUAAACGUGGUAGCUGUCAUUGUCGCUUUCACCGGUGCUUGCAUCACCCAGGACUCUCCGCUCAAAGCGGUUCAGAUGCUGUGGGUAAACCUGAUCAUGGACACGUUCGCCUCCCUGGCUCUGGCCACCGAGCCCCCCACCGAGAGCCUGCUGCUCCGUCGGCCGUACGGCAGGAACAAGCCGCUGAUCUCGAGGACCAUGAUGAAGAACAUCCUCGGGCACGCGGUCUACCAGCUCACCAUCAUCUUCACGCUUCUCUUCGCAGGUGAGAGCAUUUUCGACAUAGACAGCGGUAGAGACGCACCCCUGCACUCUCCCCCCUCCGAGCACUACACCAUCGUCUUCAACACCUUCGUCAUGAUGCAGCUGUUCAACGAGAUCAACGCCCGCAAAAUCCAUGGCGAACGCAACGUGUUUGAAGGCAUCUACAAGAACCCCAUCUUUUGCAGCAUCGUCAUUGGGACUUUCUUAAUUCAGAUCGUCAUUGUGGAGUUUGGAGGGAAGCCGUUUAGUUGCUCCGGACUGUCUCUUACCCACUGGCUCUGGUGUGUCUUCAUUGGGGUGGGAGAACUUCUCUGGGGCCAGUUCAUUUCCUCGGUUCCAACGAGCCGGCUGAAGUUCCUGAAGGAAGCCGGGCACGGAACAACUAAGGACGACAUCCCCGAGGCGGAGUUCAUGGAGGACAUCGACGAAAUCGACCACGCGGAGAUGGAGCUGCGACGAGGGCAGAUCCUCUGGUUCAGAGGUCUGAAUAGAAUCCAGACUCAGAUGGGCGUAGUGAACACAUUCCAGGGCGGACCUUCCCUGCAGGGAGCGCUGAGGCGACAGCCCUCCAUAGUCAGCCAGCACCACGAUAUCAAAGUGGUGAAUGCGUUCCGUAGUUCCCUGUAUGAAGGGAUAGAGAAACCGGAAUCUCGAAGCUCCAUCCACAAUUUCAUGACCCACCCAGAAUUCGGAAUGGAAGACGAUGAGCGUCGGAUCCCGCUCAUCGACGAGACUGAUGUAGAAAUCAAUGGACUCUCCAACCGUGUUGGUCCAAGCCCACCACAUUCACCGAACAAGAAUAACAAUGCAGUUGACAGUGGAAUUAACCUCCCCAUCACGGACCCUAGCAAGUCUGCCUCGUCUGCUCCAGGAAGCCCCCUACACAGUCUGGAGACUUCAGUCUGACUGACCCCCCUGAGCUCCUACCUUUGAACUUGCAACUUUUCACAUUGUAUUUCCUCUUUUUGUGCAGGAAGCAAUUAAAAAUGUGUAUUUUAGUUGGCAAAUUGAUAGGAAAUCCUCAGAUCCUAAAGCAUUUUAUGUAGAUUCG